CACCGGUUUGCCUGUGCGCCUUGCCCUGCUGGUUUCACCCAGCACCAGACCGGCUAGCCUAUUGCCGCCACAGGGAGGAAAAGUUGGGCGAACAGGCAGGAGGCCAGAGCUCAAGCCUCAGGUCCCCUCCCCACCUCAGCCCCCUGACAGGCAGGCACCCCAGCGCUGGCUCCUGCUGUCUGCCCAGAGGUCACCCAGCCUCCUAGACAGGUGCUGGACAUGGAGGAGCUGACCAUCUGGGAACAGCACACGGCCACGAUCAGCAAGGACCCCCGCCGAGGCUUUGGCAUCGCAAUCUCUGGCGGCCGAGACCGGCCCAGUGGAUCCGUGGUUGUGUCCGAUGUGGUGCCCGGAGGGCCUGCUGAGGGCCGGCUGCAGACAGGGGACCACAUUGUCAUGGUGAAUGGGGUCUCCAUGGAGAAUGUCACCUCCACCUUUGCCAUUCAGAUCCUCAAGACCUGCACAAAAGUGGCCAACAUUACGGUGAAGCGUCCCCGGAAGAUCCAGCUGCCUGCCACCAAGGCCAGCGCCCCCGGCCCAGGACACCAGGACUCGGAAGAGGAGGAUGGGCCGAGGCGGCUGGAGGAGGCUGACCACAGCCGGGGCUAUGACGGUGACACGUCCAGCGGCUCCGGCCGCUCCUGGGGUGAGCGCUCCCGCCGGCCAAGGACGGGCCGCCGGGGCCGGGCUGGCAGCCACGGGCGCAGGAGCCCCGGCGGCUCCGAGGCCAACGGGCUGGCCCUGGUGUCCGGCUUCAAGCGGCUGCCGCGGCAGGACGUGCAGAUGCGGCCUGUGAAGUCUGUGCUGGUGCGGAGGAGAGAGAGUGACGAGUUCGGGAUCAAACUGGGCAGUCAGAUCUUCAUCAAGCACAUCACAGAUUCGGGCCUGGCUGCCCGGAACCGCGGGCUGCAGGAAGGAGACCUCAUCCUACAGAUCAACGGGGUGUCCAGUGAGAAUCUGUCACUGAGUGACACACGGCAACUGAUCGAGAAGUCGGAAGGGAAGCUGACUCUUCUGGUGCUCAGGGACCAAGGGCAGUUCCUGGUGAAUAUCCCUCCAGCCGUCAGUGACAGUGACAGCUCCCUCCUAGAGGACAUCUCAGACCUUGGCUCGGAACUGUCCCAGGCGCCACCAUCCCACAUCCCACCGCCACCCCAGCAUGGGCAGUGGAGUCCGGAUGCCAGCCGAACCAACUCCCCUGUGGAGAGCCCCCAGCUUCGGCAGGGAAGUUCAGUGGAUUCCAGGACCGUGUCAGAACCAGACUCCCCGAGGCGACGAGGGAGCUCUGACAGCUAUGGGGCACCCAGCAGGCAGAGCGUGGAGGACCAUGGGUACAGCCCUGACUCGCGGGUGAUCCGCUUCCUCAAGGGCAGGAACAUAGGGCUGCGGCUGGCGGGAGGCAAUGAUGUGGGCAUCUUCGUGUCCGGGGUGCAGGCAGGCAGCCCGGCCGACGGGCAGGGCAUUGAGGAGGGAGACGAGAUUCUGCAGGUGAAUGGCACGCAGUUCCGGAACCUGACCCGGGAGGAGGCUGUGCAGUUCCUGCUGGAGCUGCCCCCGGGCGAGGAGGUGGAGCUGGUGACGCAGCGGAAGCACGACAUCUUCCGGAGGAUGGUGCAGUCCCGUGUGGGCGACUCCUUCUACAUCCGCACGCACUUUGAGAUGGAGCCCAGCCCGCCAUCCGGCCUGGGCUUCACCCGUGGAGAUGUCUUCCACGUGCUGGACACACUGUACCCCGGGCCCGGGCAGAGCCAGGCCCGCGGAGGCCACUGGCUGGCGGUGCGCAUGGGUCGUGACCUUCGGGAGAAAGAGCGGGGCAUCAUUCCCAACCAGAGCAGGGCAGAGCAGCUGGCCAGUCUGGAGGCCGCCCAGCGAGCCCUGGGGGCCGGACCCGGCACCUCAGCGAACUCUGGCACCCGGGCCGAGUUCUGGCGGCUGCGGGGUCUUCGUCGGGGAGCCAGGAAGACCAGCCAUCAGAGCCGCGAGGAUCUGUCGUCCCUGACCAAGCAGGGCCACUACCCGCCAUAUGAGCGCGUUGUGCUACGAGAAGCCAGUUUCAAGCGCCCGGUGGUGAUCCUGGGACCCGUGGCGGACAUUGCUAUGCAGAAGUUGACUGCUGAGAUGCCUGAUAAGUUUGAAAUUGCAGAGAGCGUGUCAAGGACCGACAGCCCCUCUAAGAUCAUCAAACUGGACACCGUGCGGGUGAUUGCAGAGAAAGACAAGCACGCACUCCUGGAUGUGACACCCUCAGCCAUUGAGCGCCUCAACUAUGUGCAGUACUACCCCAUUGUGGUCUUCUGCGUCCCUGAGAGCCGGACAGCCCUCAAGGCACUGCGCCAAUGGCUGGCACCUGCCUCCCGCCGCAGUUCCCGCCGCCUCUACACACAGGCCCAGAAGCUGCGGAAGCACAGUGACCACCUCUUCACAGCCACCAUCCCCCUACUAGCAACGAGUGACACCUGGUACCAAGAGCUCAAGGCUAUUAUCCACGAGCAGCAGACCUGGCCCAUCUGGACGGCCGAGGACCAGCUGGACAGCUCCUCAGAGGACAACCUGGAACUCCCUCACCGCGGCCUGGCCGACAGCUCCGCAGAUCUGAGCUGUGACAGCCGGGUCAACAGCGACUAUGAGACAGAUGGCGAGGGUGGUGUCUACACGGACGGCGAGGGCUACACGGACGGCGAGGGCUACACGGACGGCGAGGGUGGGCCCCACAUGGAUGUGGAUGAGGGGCCCCCGGUGCCAGCCCUGGCCCGGUCCUCGGAGCCUGUGCUGGCGGACGAGCCCCAGAUCCUGCAGGAUCAUGGGAGAUCCUUGGGUCACCCGGGGACCCAGGUGGGUGGCCGCCAUCCACAGGGUCAGUGGCAACAGGACAGCAUGCGGACAUAUGAACGAGAUGCUCUAAGAAAAAAGUUUACACGAGCCCGAGAUGUGGAGUCCUCUGACGAAGACAGCGGUGACUGGGGCCCAGCCACUGACGUGUGACCCCUCCAGGUGGCCAGCGGGCCUGACCUCCCUUUUCCUCCCUGGAGCCCACGCUCAGUUUCCCACACGGAAUCUAGGAACUUGUCUCCCUCUGCCUGGUCUUUAAUAAACAGAGUAUUUUCACA